CAGAGCCACCUUGAUGGGUUCUUGCAAACACCAAGAACACGAUCAACCACAAGAACCCAAAUGCCUAUGGAUCCAUGGCCCCAUAAUUGUCGGCGCUGGCCCAUCAGGAUUAGCCGCCGCUGCUUCCCUUUCCCACAAUCGAAUCCCUUCGCUCAUUCUCGAGAAAUCCGAUUGCAUCGCUUCCCUUUGGCACUACCGGACCUACGAUCGCCUCAAACUUCAUCUCCCCAAGCAUUUUUGCGAGCUUCCUCUCAUGGGUUUCCCUCAAAACUUCCCAAAAUACCCUUCCAAAGAUCAGUUCAUUUCAUACAUGGAAUCCUACGCUUCCCAUUUCUCCAUUCAACCCCGGUUCAAUCAGACCGUUCUCGCCGCUGAAUUCGACUCUGUUUCCCGGUUUUGGAGAGUCUCCACUCAAGAUACUCAGUACAUUUCGCGCUGGCUCAUCGUCGCUACCGGUGAAAAUGCAGAGCCGGUUAUUCCUGAGAUUCUGGGGAUUGAGCGGUUUACUCGAACCGUGGUUCAUACUAGUAUGUAUAAGUCCGGUUCGGAAUUUAAAAACCAGAGGGUUUUGGUCGUUGGUUGUGGGAAUUCCGGUAUGGAAGUUAGUUUGGAUCUCUGCAGACAAAAUGCCAUCCCCCAUAUGGUUGUUAGAAACACG